AGAGCAGAGGAGAACAACAACCAGAACUGGGAUUGUAGGACCACACGUCGUCAGCAACACCUGAAAGUGUUGACACAGCGUUGGCACGAUCUUUGGCUUCGGUCGUUGUCAGUUCAAUUUCGCAUCGAGAAACAGAUCGAGGGCAACUUUCAGAGUGAACAAGAUUGGGAGAGUGAUCCAGAGUUGAGUGAACCGCUAACAAAGCGACGUCGUGUUGUUGAAGGAAGUACGAUAACCGAAGCGAGUUCGGAUGAUCCACUGAGGAGUGAAGAGGACACCAUUCCGUUCGCCGAAGACGAAUACGAGAGUAUCGUCGAUAGUGUCACCAUGAUACAAACACAGACAAGAAUGCUUGAUGGAACAUCACCCCUACCAGCCAAUGAAUCGUCUGAAAAAGAAGAGCUCGAGCCUCAACCGGAUAUCGGUUAUUCAUCCGGUGAGAACUCCAUACACGAGGCACUCAACGAAGUCGCUGGUCUAACAACUCUAUCCACAACAGCGCUAACAGUAAAUGAAUCAAAUCAAGAGAAUAUGAUCAUUGCGAGCGAUUUUGAACGGAAUGGUUGCAUAGAAAUUACUUCACCUGUGAAGAGUUUCUACAGGACCGUCCCACUUGAUGAUGCUGGCGUAACAGAUACGGAAACACCUCGAAUAUGUGUCACGAAAUGGUCAUCAAAAUUUAUUAAUGCCACGAAUAAUAUGGAUGAUAAUAAUAAUAACAAUGAUAACGUUCUAACGGAUUCAUUGAUUGUGAACACAGAAGAUGAGACCGAUAUUGUUACGGGAAAUGAUAUUAAGGAGAUCAUGUCAAUGCUGGACGAUGACGAGAAUGGUAAUCUACAAAGUAGUCAGUUUCAACAGCAGAUUGACGUGCUAAAACAAGGCACUCGAUGGCGUGAACUGAGAUCAACUCAGACGCCGUCACGUCGACACUCCCAUAAAACCACCAGUCAUGACAACUCAAUUGUUGGUGACGAUAAGCAAGCAAUGAAAGAAUUCCAGAACUCUUGCGAUGCAUCAAGUGAAGAGAGUGAUGACGGAUGCGAUAAUAUUGCCAUUAUAAGUAAUCCAGUCAGCGAGUCGCAAUGCAACUCACUUAAACGACCUCAUCGUACUCGAAAUCAUCAUCCUUCUUCAUAUAUUUUCUCGAAUGCCUAUCAAACUCUAUUCAAUUCAUCCACUGGUACCAUUAAUAAGGAGAUGGACACUAGUAUGCUCUCCACAUAUUCCUCACAAGCUCAGUCUGAUUUGAUGUCAACCAGUGAAAUACUAAGCAGCAAUCCGUUCGCCUAUUCACACAUCGUCACUUCAUCAUCAAUACGAACACGUCGUAGCGCAAGACGUAAAUUGCGUGCUAGACGUCUACCACGUUCGAUGUCUGACGGUGAACAGCUGGGAACGUCCAUGAAUGCGUCAACCUAUUCGGCACCACCCGCAACAAAUCCGUCGUAUCAUUGCAGAACUCCUUUACGCGACUCAGACACCACCACCACAGCCCCAGAGCAUAGUGAUGCGCAAACGUAUGAAUGGGAUGAAUACAAUCCACCAGCCAAAAUAGAGGAUGGAUGGAUGGGUUAUGAUGAGGAACGUCAGGAUGCAUCAGCUUUAACACUCGCCGACGACGACUUCCAGAUGUAUUUAGGUGACGAUGUGAGUUCGUUAAUCGCCGAAUCACGUGCCUCACUUCGAAGUGCUCAAUCGCUGAUCAAUCGUCAACCCAGUCGACAGUCACUUGAAGAUUUGCGCACGUUGGCGAAAGCAAAUUCUGAACGUUUGACGGCUACAGUGGUAGCGAACCCUCGGCUACGUAUGGAGUCUCUGAAUGAUAUCGACGAUGUAAAUAAAGGAUGGAGUGCAGUUUUGUCGACAAUUGAUUCACUGAGCACGUCAGAAUGUUGUGACGAUAAAACGGUGUUAUCCACGUCUGACACUACUCCAGUAGAUUCCACUUAUUCGGGUUGUGCGGAUGAUUCGCCGCUGCCGAGAAUUCUAUCGAAAAUCGAAAAAUUCGCAUCAUCUCUGAAGCUGAUCCAAGAGGAUAACGAUUGCUCUGCGUCAUCGCUGGGUUCACUCUCGUCAAUACGCUCGUUUGACGACGUCGUGAAUGCGAUCAAAAUUUUUACGGAAAUCCAUAGUCGUUUAGUAGAGGAACGUGAGGAACUUCGGUGUUUGCUGAAUUCGUCGACGUUCAGUGGGGAUUUGUCGUAUUUGAUCGCCGAUUUCGAACCACUUUCGAUGGGUUACGAAGAAGCGAUUGAACGUGUUGAACAACUCAUGAAUCAGAUCGAAAAAGUUCGUGAGAGUUGGAGUGAUUGGGCCGAUACGCAGAACAAUCUGCAGAUUGUUAUGAGUGGCAUUGAGCAGGAGCUGAACGAGCUGCGAAAAGGAGAUGACAAUUCUAAGCAAAUUUGCUCUGAGCUCGAGAUGUGUCAAGAGCGUAUGAAUCGUUUGGAGACGGUUUGCAAUUAUUUGACCUCAAAUCUAUCGAUACUCCAUGAUAAUAGUACCUCAAAUGCACCCGCGUUGAAUUUCACCUCUGAGUUGGCUGUCUAUUCGAAUGCGUUGGGACAGUUGAAGGCCAGGUUCGAAGAAACAUUACGUUCCACGCUGAUGUGUGAUAAAGCAACAUGGAUCAAUGAUGCUGCUAUCGCUGGAACGAAUCAAAAAAGCGAUCGCCUUCCUAGACGACGUCUGAAGACCGCAGAAAGUGGCACCAAUACAAUACCAACAGCUCAAACGAGAAUAUUCGAUGUGAUUUUGGGUAAUUGGGCUUUUCAGGCGUUUGUCCUGUUAGCCGUAAUGGCCGCGUUCGCUGCUUGGCUCAUUUCGAUUGACAAUCGCCUAACGAACAAUUGGCGUAGUUCCGUGGGUCCUCACCUCGAUUACAUCGAUGGUCCUCCACCAAUGUAA